CCGGCGUGUCUAUAAGAGGCGGCGGGCCGGGCCGGGUGUCAGCAGCGGCUCUCGCGGCUCCGCCUCUUCCUCCCAUCAGCAGCAGCCGCCAUCAGCAGCAGCAGCAGCGUCAUCCUGCUCCUACCUCCUUCCUCCUCGUCGUCGUCGUUCACCUUCGCUGAGACAUCAUGACCGCCCAGCAGCCGCACGCGCACGGCCACGGCCACGGCCACCACCACCACCACCACGAGGCCGACAGCUUCCUGCGCCACCUGUGCCACCUGGACAUCGACACGGAGCCGAUGGUGGCUCGCAACACCGGCAUCGUCUGCACCAUCGGGCCGGCGUCCUGCGCCGUGGAGAAACUCAAGGAGAUGAUCAAGGGCGGCAUGAACAUCGCCCGCAUGAACUUCUCCCACGGCUCCCACGAGUACCACGCGGAGACGAUCAAGAAUGUGCGCGCGGCCACGGAGAGCUUGGCCAAGGACCCCUACAACUACCUGCCCGUGGGCAUCGCCCUCGACACCAAGGGCCCCGAGAUCCGCACCGGGCUCAUUAAGGGGAGCGGCACGGCGGAGGUGGAGCUGAAGAAGGGCGCCACGCUCAAGGUGACGCUGGACGACGCCUUCAUGGACAAGUGCGACGAGCACACCCUGUGGGUGGACUACAAGAACCUGCUCAAGGUGAUCGAGGUCGGCAACAAGGUGUACGUGGACGACGGACUCAUCUCGCUCUGCGUCAAGGAGAAGGGGAAGGACUUCAUGAUCACCGAGGUGGAGAACGGCGGCACGCUGGGCAGCAAGAAGGGCGUGAACCUGCCCGGCGUGGCAGUCGACCUGCCGGCCAUCUCGGAGAAGGACAUCGGAGACCUGAAGUUCGGCGUGGAGCAGGGCGUGGACAUGGUGUUCGCCUCCUUCAUCCGCAAGGCGGCCGACGUGCACGCGGUGCGCGCCGUGCUCGGCGAAAAGGGGAAGCACAUCCUCAUCAUCAGCAAGAUCGAGAACCACGAGGGCGUGCGCAGGUUCGACGAGGUGCUGGAGGCGAGCGACGGCAUCAUGGUGGCGCGUGGCGACCUGGGCAUCGAGAUCCCCACGGAGAAGGUCUUCAUCGCGCAGAAGAUGAUGAUCGGGCGAUGCAACCGCAUCGGCAAGCCGAUCAUCUGUGCCACCCAGAUGCUGGAGAGCAUGAUCAAGAAGCCUCGGCCUACUCGCGCGGAGAGCAGCGACGUGGCCAACGCUGUGCUGGACGGCGCCGACUGCAUCAUGCUGAGCGGGGAGACGGCCAAGGGAGACUACCCCCUGGAGGCCGUGCGCACCCAGCACGCGAUUGCGCGGGAGGCGGAGGCGGUGAUGUUCCACAGCCAGCUGUUUGAGGAGAUCCGCCGCCUGUCGCCGGAGACUCGCGACCCCUCGGAGGCCACGGCCGUGGGCGCCGUCGAGGCCUCCUUCAAGUGCCGCGCCAGUGCCAUCGUAGCCAUUUCCAAUUCGGGAAGGUCUGCGUACCUCAUCUCUAAGUACCGCCCCCGCUGCCCCAUCCUGGCGGUGACGCGCACGCCGCAGACGGCGCGCCAGGCGCACCUCUACCGCGGCGUCUUCCCGCUGCUCUACACCUUCCCUGCCAAGGAGCCCUGGGCCGACGACGUCGACGCCCGCGUCAACUUCGCCAUCACCAUCGGCAAGAACCGCAAGUUCAUCCACAAGGGCGGCGUGGUGAUCAUCGUGACCGGCUGGCGCCCGGGCUCCGGCUUCACCAACACGAUGCGCGUCAUCGUCGCCGAGUGAGGGGCCCCCGGUGCGGUGGGGGGGGGGGGUCCCGGGGGGCCGCCCCCCACCAACGCUCGCCACGCUCUCCUCCCUCGUAGUCAUCGUCGUCGUCGCCCAUCCAAUUUUCCCUCCUUUGCAGUCCCUGUGUGCCCCGGUGCAGUCACACCGCCUGCACACGGCCGCGUCACCGCCCGCGUCACCGCCGUCACCACAGUCACCAGAUCUCGACAUCCGGACGGCGGGCAAACGCCAGAAUCGAAAUAAUGAGAGGCCCACGUGGUUAAGGAGCAGGCACCGCGAUCUGACAUCGGUGAAGGGGGCCCGGUGAGCCGUGGGAGGGAGUGCGGUUGGGUUGGGUUGCUUUGCCGUGUG